AAAAUCACUGAAAUCGAACUCGUUAAAGUUCCCAAUCCCAAAGAAUUGAAAAACUACUUGGACAGUUAUAUUAUUGGGCAAAACCAUGGGAAAAAAGUGAUGUCGGUGGGUGUUUACAAUCACUAUAUGAGAAUUAACGACAGAGCAAAACGAUUGCAUUUAUUGCAUUUAAAAGAAAAAGAAAAAUUCAAUAGCCAACAUGAACUAAGACCUUUAGAAUCCAGAGGUGGUAUCCCAAGCGAAAUUCAGCAAUCGAAUUUUGCUGUUCCCCAAGUUUCUAUAAACGAGCUAAAUUACGAUCAAGACUUGCAAGAAGAAAUACCCGAAAUCGAAAAAUCCAAUAUAUUAAUGCUAGGUCCAAGUGGUUCAGGCAAAACGUUAAUAGCCAAAACUUUAUCAAAAAUUCUCGACAUUCCCUUUGUUAUAACAGACUGCACCUCGUUAACCCAAGCUGGAUACAUAGGAGAUGAUGUUGAGUCCAGCAUUGAAAAGUUGCUCAUAAAUUCAAGCUAUGAUUUGAAAAAAGCUGAAAAGGGCAUUAUUGUCCUAGAUGAGUUUGAUAAAUUAUCAAGAAAAGAGGUUUCAAGAGGCACCAAAGAUGUUGGUGGUGAGGGUGUUCAGCAAGCUUUGCUAAAACUAGUCGAGGGAUCGACUGUUACAGUGAAUGUUAAAAAGCCAGUUUCUGAUAAAGACAAAAGCUGUUCAUCGCUAGGCAAAAGUCCAUUGAGCCCAGACAAAGCCAAUGAGACCUACAUGGUUGACACAUCUAACAUAUUGUUUAUCUUGAUGGGUGCGUUUGUCGGUUUGGAUAAAUUCGUUGCAAAGAGAUUUCAGAAUUCUGGUUCAGAUGACAAUGCAAGCAUAAUAUCUGAGCUUUACGAAAACUCAGGAAAAGAAACACAACUCCAACAAGUAGAACUAAGAAAUGGCAAAAAGGUCAAUGCAUUGGAGCUCGUCACUCCUGAUGACUUGGUUAAAUAUGGAAUUGUGCCUGAGUUGGUUGGGCGUAUUCCAAUAAUAACCAGCUUGGAUCCUCUAACAAAAAAAGACUUGCUCCGAAUCCUUACAGAGCCCAAAAACAGUCUAUUGAAACAGUACGAAUACAAAUUCAAGAUGUUUGGGGUCAAACUAGCUAUCACUAGCAAAGCCUUGGAGGCAAUUGCAGAGCUUGCUAUGAAAAAUGGCACUGGCGCCAGAGGCCUUCGAGGUAUCAUGGAGAAGCUUCUCUUGGAUAUCAACUACGAGUCGCCAGAUAGUGGCAUCAAGUACGUUUUGAUCAACAACCAGGCCAUACUUGACUUCAUCGCCGACGAGAACAGUGGUUACAGAGGCAGCUUCAGUCCAGAAUACUACUCGAGAGGACAGAUCUACCAGUUUUUGGAUAAAAUCAAAGGAGAAGAU